AUGGAAUUUGGUCUGAAUGAUAUUCUGGUCCUCACUCAGGCUCUGUGGGCAUUGAAUGGUGGGAUCCAUAUCAAACCAUUUCAGCCCCCCAGACCUAAACCAGUUCCUCGAAAUAACAAUUCAUCCAUAAUAUCAGCGGUUGACAUGGGAAUCAGCGAUGAGGAGUGGGAAAGACUACAGAAGGCUCUGGACUGGCCUAUUCCAGAUCAAGAAAUCACUCAUCUGAUUCAGAGCACAAGUCCAGUCCACUCAACUUUCUCUAUUGUGGGACUCAAAGAGAGUUACAAAGUGGGAGAAAUUAUCUCUGUUAUUAUCACAGCCAGAGACCACAACAAGAACCUGAAAAGAUAUGGAGGAGACUUUUUCAAAGCAAAACUUUUCAGUACAGAGCUAAAGGCGAGUGUGUACGGGGAGGUUGUGGAUCAUCGUAAUGGGACUUACUCUGUUGCUCUUCUUCUGCCCUGGGAAGGUCAGGCACAAGUUUUUGUACGUCUAGAGCACUCCAGUGAGGUUGUGCAGAUUCUUAAAAAAUACAGGGACUCUUCAUUCCCACGCACCCACUUUAAUGGCUACUUUGAAGGAUCAGGACCCAAUAAAACCAGGAUCCGUGAAGUAGUAGAAUGUAAUCUUAAGUGGGGUGCAGAUGGAAGUUGGAGGAAAGGCGACUGCUGUUGUGAGCAUAGGGAUAUAAGAACAGGGACGGUGUGGCAGUGUGAGAGACCGAAGAAACUUUCCUGUGACAAACUGGUUCGUCAUUCAGGCGGACGUUUGGAAAGCCCAUUAAAUCUUCUUGAGCAGCAGCUUUUUUCAAAGAAAUUAACAAAUCUUGCUAUUAGUGGAGACAAAAAAAUCCUAAAUAUCCUUCCCAACACUGCAGCCAUUGGCACAAUAGAAAAAUGCAGGUCUGGCAUGAUGACACCGGUUCCUGCAGGGUUUUAUUUGAAAGAUGUCUGGAAGUCCUUUGAAUGCAAACCGCAGCAAUGGUCUGUGGUGCGAAAGGAUCGACACAUAAAAGUCCAAGAUCGGUCGUAA